UCUUGUAUCUUGUUAUGCUUCCUCUUCCAUUUCUUCCUUUUUGCUCAUGCCUUCUAUCUUCAUCAGUUAUCUUUUGCACUAAUGACCCAGCCCAUAUUUGUCACCACACCCAGUUGCCUCCUUUGUUCCAUCAAACUGCCUUUUCCUCCAUUGAUGUUUACUAUUGGUUUGGCCGUUGCUUGAUUAGGCUAUGUUAUUAAUGGUCUAGAACUUCCUCCCCCGUACUUUCCGGCCAAUAUACUUGGCUUGUAAGGAACUUUAUGUUUCUUGAAAGUGGCUUCCAAGGUCAUUUCUUGAAGCCUAGCCUUUUCCGUCGCCUGACCCACUGUUGUUGGAGUCAUCAUCUUUACCAUGGGCCGUAGCUCCUCCUUCAACCCACUCAUGAAAAUUGAUACUACAUACUGAUCGGUAAGUCCAGGUUGAAUCAUACAUACCGAGGAUCUCAAUUCUUCAAAACGAGCAAGGUACUCCAUUACAGUACCUUCUUGUUUUAAUUUACUAAGUUCUUCAAUCAUGUCCGUCAUCUUCUUCUCUUUGAAACGUUUGCAAAGGCCAUCUGCAAAAGCUCUCCACCCCUCUUGCAGCCCUCCAUCUUGGACCCACCCUUGGUACCAAGAAUCUGCUACUUCGUUCAAGUAGGCUUCCAUUAGAGUUACUUUCUAGUCUUCCAUCGUCUGGUAGAGCUGGAAGAAUCGUUCACACUGCCUUAGCCACCACCUUGGACUCUUUCCCUUGAACGGUGGUAUUUCCAGCUUUGGCGUAGGUGCAUGGCCGUGCGACAUCGGUUGCCCAAUUCUUCCCGCGUUUUCUUGAAGUAGAUGCUGCUUCGCCUCUUCCAUGGCUCCUUCCGCGCUCAAUUGAUCGCCGCAAUGCAGCAAGAUUGGUGUUAAUGUUUGUCUCGGUGGGAAUGUCGGUGAUAACCGGAACUGGGGCAAAGAGGCCAGCAUAUUUAACAUACUGUUGAUCUUCUGCCCUUGUUGUUCCACUGUUUCUUGACACUUUUGAACCGAUUCUUGGCAUCUUUCCACCAUUUCUUGUUGCUUUUCCGCGGUUGCUUGCAUGAGCUCCUUCAAUUUCGUCAAUUCUUCCCUCGUUUGGCCAGUACCUCCUGGGUGUUAUUCAUGCCAAAUUCCAUGGUUUCCAAUCUGACCUCCAAUUAUCUCAGGUUGUAUAUCAGUUACGUGUGCCCCUUCGCACAACGAGUUUGGAUUGCCAGGAACUAUAAGGGUUUACAAGACAAGAUCAAAUUGGUUCCUAUUGACCUUGAAAACAGGCCCACUUGGUACAAAGAGAAAGUUUACCCAGAAAAUAAGGUGCCAUCACUGGAGCACAAGAACAGAGUGAUUGGAGAGAGUCUAGAUUUACUUCAAUAUUUGAACGACAACUUUGAAGGGCCUGCACUUUUACCCAAUGAUCCUGGCAAACGGCAGUUUGCUGAAGAGUUGUUAUCCUACAGUGGCAAAUUCAAUGGAAUCAUUUUUGCUUUUUUUAAAGGAGAUUCGGUGAAAGAAGUUGGUAGUGCUUUUGAUUACCUUGAAACUGCUCUUCACAAAUAUGAUGAUGGACCUUUCUUACUUGGCCAGUUUAGUCUGGUGGAUGUGGCAUAUGCUCCAUUCCUUGAAAGGUUUCAACUUUUCUUACAAGAUGUAUGGAAGUAUGACAUCGUGGCAGGACGGCCUAAGCUAGCAUUAUGGAUUGAAGAGAUGAACAAGAUCGAUGCUUAUAAGGAGACAAAAUAUGAUCCAAAUGAGCUUGUUAGACGCUACAAGAGCAAAUAUCUGAGUCAGCACCGAACACCUCUUUAGAAGUUAAGAGCUACGAGUAAAAUAAAGAGUAAGCUUGGUGCUUGUUAUAUCAUUAUCUGAACUUUAAAACUGGUAGAGCUACGGGCUAAAUAAGAGGGCUUAAUGCCUAUUGCCAAUGUCUCCCUGUCUGGCUUGUCUGAACUAAUGCAAGUGUGUUAAUCCGUGUUUUCUUUCUUUGUUUACCCUUAACUUGGGACGAUUAUAUCUUGGGAUGUGCACUGGAUAAAUUCACUAAAGAUGUGGAAUAAUUCACAGAUCAUGAGUAUGAAAUAAACAUACAAAAUUCUGUA